AACUUCUCCGACUCCUCCGAUCUGGUCUACCACUGGGGGUACUUCCCCCGGCAGGUCCCCUGCACCAAGGAUGCCGGCACAUGCGCCUACCUGGACGCCGUCUAUCAUGACCAUGACCUCAGCAUGCUGUACAGCUUCGUUCUGUGGGCGGUGGUGGGCGGGGGCUGCCUGCUCUGGGGCGUCGUCCGUCUCAACCGCUCCUGGCAUGAUCAAGCCCGACCUCGCCGUCUGCAAUCCGCUCUCCGUGCACUGUGUCGCCGUCUCCUUCUCCCCGACGUGGCCUGCUGGCCCUUCCGGCAUACCACUCGCCAGCAGCUGCUCGUCGGCGUCGGCCUGGCCGGCUACCUGCUCGUCUUCACCUUUGUCGGCAUCACGUACCAGACGUGGAUCACCCCCGUCAGCGGCUCGCCGGGCGUCUACAACACGCGCUCGGGGCUGGGGCCGUGGUCCGACAGACUGGGCGUGCUCGCCUUUGCCCUCACGCCGCUCUCCAUCCUGCUGGCCAGCCGGGAGUCGCUGCUCUCGCUGCUCACGGGCCUGCCGCACUCGCAUUUUCUCUUCCUGCACCGCUGGCUCGGGUACCUCAUCUAUCUCCAGUCCGCGCUGCACACCCUCGGCUGGACCGUCGUCGAGGGUAAACUGUACCAGCCUCAACCCACCCAGUGGCGCGAGUUUAUUCGCGAAAAGUACAUCGUCUGGGGCGUGGUCGCCAUGAGCUUCUGCUCGCUGAUGAUCGUCCACAGCACCGCCUGCGCGAUUCGAUGGACCGGGUACGAGCUGUUUCGCAAGCUGCAUUACCUCGUCGCCAUGCUCUAUCUGGGCGCCUGUUGGGCCCAUUGGACCCGUCUCUCCUGCUGGAUGAUCUCUUCCCUGAUCCUCUGGCUGCUUGAUCGUGCUGCUCGUCUGCUGCGGACCUUUUAUCUUCACAGGAUGAACAUUCCCCACGCCACAAUACAGCUGUUUUCCACCUCCGACGACGACGUGGUCGUCCGGCUGGACUUUCGGCAUUUUCACCACCCAUGGAAGGUCGGCCAGCAUUUCUACCUCUCCUUCCCCGAACUGAGUCGAUGGCAGGCCCAUCCUUUCACCCCUUGUACUUUCAACGCCACUCCCUGCGACGCCCUCAAGGCACACCAGCAGCACACAUAUCUCAUUCGCGUGCACAAGGGAGUGACUCGCCGUCUCGCCCAAGCUGCGCUGGUCCGUCCCUCAACCUCCGUGCUGCUCUCAGGGCCGUACGGCCAACCCGUACUAGACGCAGACGAUGCAGACACAAACAUUCUUUGCAUCGCCGGGGGAACGGGCAUCUCCUCUGUCCUUCCUGCCCUCCUGCUCGCAGCAAGCAAUACCGCCGCUAGAGACAGAUCACUCCGUUUGGUCUGGGUGGUACGCCGCCAGACAGAUCUCCAAUGGCUGCAGCCAGAACUCGCCCUGCUGCGACAGCUGGAGUUGAGUAUCCGCAUCUACGUGACGCGGGAGACCACAGACAGCACCGAAUCAACUGAAAAGACAAGCCCGGUGGAGAACAUCGCCGGCCAUCCUGACCUUCACGGUGAAGUGACCGACUUCCUCUCCCAGGUCGUCCGGGGCCGAACCCGCGUCCUGGCCAGCGGGCCGCCAGGCAUGAUUUCCGCGCUGCGACAGAGUGUGGCCUCACAGAACAUGCCGGGCAAGGUCUUUAGAGGCGACGAGAGGCCAGACGUCCAGCUUAUAGAGAGUUAGACAGUUCCAUCCAUCUCUUUCUCUUCCCUCUCCUACCAGAUGGUCUUCUCUAUCGCUGGGCGUAAGACUGAGCCAC